AUGCAAAAAUUUCUUAAACAUUUGGGCCUAAAAAGAACCACAACUCCCAAUAAUACUACAACCACCACUAAUUCCAUAAGACACAAUGUGUUAUUUGGAUCCGGAGAGCCGGCUGGUGUACAAAACAUCAGUGAAGAUUUCUUUACUUUUCGAAUGUUUGGUACCUGUGGGUUCCCAAAUAAACCAUCUAACUUAGCUGUUGAUGAAGAUUUAGGACUAUUAGCUAUCACAACAAAAACUGGAUCCUUGCAUAUAUUUGGCAGGCCAGGAAUACAUUUCCAAGGCUCACAUUCAGACAAUGUUAAUGCACAGUCACCAAUAAUAUAUGCUGCCUUUUUCAGUGGAAAAUCCAAAAUUGUAACAGUAGAUGGCAACAAUGCCAUAGUCCUUUGGAGGAUUAAGGCUGCCAGUAACAACAACAACAGCAACAAAUGUAAAGAGAAUGAUAACACAUAUCAGAACAGUGACGAGGGAAAUGUCUUCUUCAGUAAAGGCAGGGAGCAUGAGUUUGAUGAACUUUUCGGCAAGGCUAUAACGCACUGCCGCCUCGACGAACGCCCUCAAAACAACAACAACAACAACAACAACAACUACAACAAUAAUAAUAAUAAUGAUGAUGAUGAGGGUAACGACGAUAGAAUCAGUUCGAAGUUACUCAUCGGGACUUCAUGUGGUGAUGUUGUCAUCAUCAGCAUAAGGACAUCAGGCGGUCGUAAUGAUAAUGAUGGCGACGAUGGCGAUGAUAAUGAUGAUCGUCGUCGUCUACGUCACGGAGAUCGUGAUGACGCUGCUGCUGGCGACGAUGACGUCAUUAUAUUUAGUGACCUCAAAAAUCCCGAUGAACGUUGUUGUAGCUGUCGUCAUAAUUAUAAAAAUAGUGGUGGCGGUAAUAAUAAUAAUAAUAACAAUAAUAAUGAUGAUAAUAAUAGUAAUAAUAAUAAUAAUAGUAAUAAUAAUAAUUAUUUUGACGGCGACGAUGGUAAUAAUAAUAGCUAUUUCGCUGACCGUGAUGAUGGUGGUGAUGACAAGAAAUACGUUUUAAGGGCUGACAGCGUUAUCAUUGAUCAAUUCCCAGAUGAAGAGAUAAGGUAUCUAGGCUCCGUUGUAUGCAUAGACCUCCAUCCGACUCAAUACAAUAAGCAAUUAGAGAGUCUGUCUUUCAAUCACAAUGGCACCGAGUUCAUAUCAAGCUAUUCUGACGGUAGUUUCGUAGUAUGGAACACCGAUGAUAAUUCUCAGCCCAGGGAACCUGCCACUACGCCAUACGGUCCGUAUCAGUGCGAGGCCAUAGAUAAAUUUCUAUGGAAAACCAACGAAAGCACAUCUCUGAUGGUGUUCUCCGGCGGCAUGCCCCGAUCCGGAUACGGAGAUAGGUACACGGUCACGAUUAUGAAGCAAGAGGGGGGGGCCAGCAGUCCCGACCAAUCCCACGUCGUCCUAGAUCUGACGUCACGCGUCGUCGAUUUCGCGGUCGUUGGCGAAAGAAAAUUCGCGAAUUUCUAUUCCAAAAAUGAUGAUGAUGAUGAGGAGGAGGAUGAAGAUGAAGAUGGCGAAGAACGCUGUGGUGAUAAUGGAGAGAAAGAGAGAGAGGAGGAAAGAAAUGGUAAAAAUAAAAAACUGGCUAGGAAAUCAUCGUCAACCAAAUCAAAAACAGCGGCGGCGGCCAACAACAACAACAGCAGCAACGACGACAAUAACAACAACAACAGCGUCACGAAAAAACAUCACCAAAACCACAAAUCAACGAAAUCCAAAUCAUCCAUUUCAUCAUCACUUCGUUCCCACAACAACAACAACAACAACAACCACGAUGGCGACAACAGCACAUCUCUAAUCCCUAACUUCCUAAUCUUACUGGCCGAGGAAGAGCUAAUAGUGGUCGAUCUAAUGGCCCACGACUGGCCUUCUUAUAGACUGCCUCAUUUAAUAAGCCCCCACUGCAGCGCUAUAACAAGCGUUUACUUCGCGCCGGAAAUUAGUGAAGAUUUUUUGAAGAAGUUAAAAGAGGCUGGAGUCAUGCAGAGGAGGAAAAAUUUGAAUUACAUGUGGAAGUCCUGGCCAUUUUUGGGUGGCCAAUCACAAUUCGCCAACGACAGCCAGUGUAACCUACUACUUACUGGUCACGAGGACGGAUCGGUCAGGUUCUGGUUAACUGAGUUUGGCGAUAUGCAGUUAUUGUAUAGGCUGGAUACUGCUCAUAUAUUUGACAUUGACGUUAAUAACCAUUCAGAGCUUAAUAACGAUUCCGAUGAAGAUUGGUUACCUUUUAAAAAGGUAGGUUCGUACAACCCUUUCACUGACGACCCUCGACUGGCCAUUCGUCAGAUCAUUCUAGACACAUCCACUCAGCCGGAAACCCUAAUUUUAGGCGGGACCGCCGGCCAGCUUAUCGUUUGCGAGUUUACCACUUUAUAUAAACAGCAGUCACAACAAACAUCUCAAAGCCAACAAAAGAUACAAAAUAUGAACAAAGAUGGCGCUAGAAUUAGCAACUGUGGUGGUGAUGAUCAUGAUGUUGUGGCUGAUGGUGCUGAUGAUAAUGAUCUGCCUAAUACGCAACCGAUUGGAGAUACCCUUUUUAUGAAUGCUACUGUACAUGAACGGAGAGUUGAGAGUGAAGAUGGCGAUGUUUUCGUUGCUGGGGACAGGAGAAAUAAUGUUAAAACUACGCCAUCUGCAUCGUCUGCGGCACAAAUAACUUCAGCAACGACAAGAAACAACAUCAAUGGCUGCAGCAGCAGCAACAACGACAACAACAACGAGAAUGUGAACAACAAUAACAACUUUUCGACGAACGUCACAUCUUCCCUGUCGAAAGACGAAAACCAAUCUCACGCACGCACGUCGUCGUCGUCAACCACAGCAUCCUCAUCGUCUUCAUCAUCGUCUUCCUCAUCAUCAUCAUCAUCAUCUUCGACGGGCACAUCUCGAACGAAGGAGAUUCAAGUUCUUUCCGUCAACAUGAUCGGCCAGAGGGAGGAUUUCCUCUGGAUGGGUCACACCCCUUUGGAAGUUGGAUGCGCCUACAGAAACAAAACAACCCUCGGUGACGUCACGGCCCAGUUUAUGACGUCAUCAGCAGCAACAACAGGCUGCGACGCUACUGCUACUACUGAUUCUAGUAACGUUGCCACUACUUCUUCUGCAGCUGCUGCUGCUGGUACCAAUGUUAAUGUUACUAUUGACGGCGAUCGUAAACGUGGUAGUCCUUUAGAAGGAGAGACAGGGCCGAUGGUCGAGAGGGGGUCCGGUACGGGCGGUAAGGGAGAGUCCACUUCAAAUACGGGGGGGUCCAGUGUGAUUGUCGGUUUUAUGGGAUUUACUGCUAAGCAGGUAGUGCUCGUACAUCCGCCUGUCUCAUGCACCACCCUGGCGAUCCAGGCUCAAUGCAAAUUGUUCGCAUUUGGUUCGGAGUAUGGAUUCUGCCUGUGCGACUACAACACCGGCAAGCUGGUCUUUCAGAAGAACUCAAAAAAUGAAACACACAGCACAACAACAUCAGCAACAGCAACGCCUGCUACGACAAUGACGUCACUUCCAGCAGCGAGCUCAGCGACCACGGCAACCGCAACAGCUUCAGCGGCUACUACAGCUACUACAACUCAAUCUACAACGGGUAACUACUUUUUGACGAUUAACAAUCGCGUUGUCGACACGCUGAGACGAACGUUUAGAGCUUCGGUUCGAAGUCUGGAGAGGGUGAGGUCAGAGUUCAAAGGUAGAAGGGGCAGAGGUUACAACGUUGGUGGGAGAAUCUGGAAGUCUUUUUCUCUUUCAAGAGGAACGGCCAAUUCUCACGGCAGAGAGCCAGCAUCGGCCAGCAGACCGCACAUUCCUUGUUUGAACUCUUCAGAAUCAGCUGUUCUAAUCCCCACUAACACUAACACGACUACGGGAGUAACUCCGGAUGGCAGCACCAAGCCAACUUCCUCGUCGUCCUCUGCUUAUUAUCGCCACCAGCAGCAGCAGCAGCACAGACGAAUGAUUUUUGGCGACGGAGGAGGGUGCGUCAGUUUCAUGCAGUCCCAUAAGCGCUCCCAGAAUGCAACUCUUGAUAUUUUCAAUAACAAAGGUUCAUUAGACCGAGAUCCACACACUGCCUCGUUAUCAAGAGCUGGCACUCCAAUCAUUAGGUGCCUGUACUUCUCUAGCAACGAUUUUAAUAGCUCGGCAGCAGCAGCAGCAGCAGUGGAAGAGGAGGAAAAGUCUUGGAAUGGCACUCUCUGGAUAGGGACGAGCCUCGGCAGCAUCUUCAUGUACAAUUUAACUAUUCCCCCAGUCAGUAAGCGAUAUCUACAGCCCGUUAUUUGGUCGUUGGCCAAAGAAAUAAAACUGAAACACGAAGCUCCCAUCUUAGACAUCUGCAUGCUUGACAACAAAACUGGCUCGCCUAUAAAACUAGGUCAACAGCAGCAGCAGCAGCCGCAAAAGCAGCUGCAGCUUAAGCAGAGCCAGCAAAGACAGCGGAUGAGAAAUUUCAGAUGGAAAUUCCCGACAUCUAUUUUUGGAACAAUAUCGUCUGCCAGCGUCGGCCAGUGCCUCGUCGUCUGCUCCCAGAAGCAAGUCAAGAUAUUCUCAUAUCCGGGUCUCCGGACUAAACGGAAAGUGAAACUAAAUAAUAAUAACAACAACAAUAAUAACUACCUCAAUAAUGAUGAUAAUAAUAAUAAUAAUAAUAAUAAUAAUAAUAAUAAUAAUAAUAAUAAUAAUAAUGAUAAUAAAGAAUCUUUCAUCCAACAUCAGCCUAAACAAUUGAUCAGUAAUAAUAAUAAUAAUAACAAUGAUGAUAACAAGUUUUUAUCAGCUUCGCGUACAGCUACAACAGAUGUCAAGGCCAUGGCGGCUGCUAAAAAUGUUAAUUUGAAUGCUAAUUAUGCAAAUUAUGCUGAUUAUGCUAAUUAUGAUCACAUCGUUAGGACUCCGUGCAUUGCUAAAGUAGCUUAUUCAUCCUUUCAAAGUCUCGCUGUGGAGUCUGGUCUGGUCUGUCUGACGGAUGAUGGCCUGGCUACCGUGUACAGCAUCCCGAGUCUCAAGCUGAGAUUUCUCGCUAAUGCUGUGUCUAGACAGUGUGUUAAAGACGAGCAAGUCAUAGAGAAGUUUAUACAGAAAUUAGUUGACGCUAAAUUUUGA